AUGAGGAACACCUGGCCAUCUCCAGAAGUGCACCUCAACCAGAGCGGCCCCGCCAGCGAGUUCCCCAGCUACAGCGAACACGGCAGCGACGCCAGCCUGCUCGUGGCCCCGUUGCUGGUGGCCGGGGUGGUGAUCGGGCUCGUGCUGUUCCUCUCCUGCGUCACCAUCAUCGUGGGCAGCCUGCGCAAGGACGGCCGGUUACGACACACGCAGCUGAGGAGAGAUGCUAGUUAUGCUCCAGAUGGCUUCUCCCAUGGUGGCUCUUUUGGAGAGCUGAGAUCCACAUGCAUGGAGGAGUUCCCACCAAUUUUCGAGUUCGGUUCCUAUCUGGAGACACUUUCUCGGGUCAGCGUCAUGUAUCCUGAUUCACCUCCCUGCUACGAUGAGUGCGUGGGCCCAGGAGCGACACAGAUAUACAUCCCCACAGACGAUCCCCCG